AUGACUACGCAAUUGCCAAGCGCAAGCGCAGGAGCAGAAGGAAGGAAACCGGCCACAGGAAGCCCACACGACCCUGGCGCAGCAUUGGGACGUAUACCGGCUUCUGUCCCGCAGCAUUCACGCGGCGCAUCACCUAUAAUCAAAUCAAGACUGGGUUCCUCAGAGGGACUGUCAUUACCGGCCUUCGAAACCUUUCUCAGUGGCGCUAGAUCCCACGGGGAUCCGAUGCCAGGCCGGAACGCACAAGACGCUGGUUUCCCUGGUCCGGGACUGCCGGGAUCGCCGCCAUUGAUACCCGGAAUACUAGAGGCACAAACGCAUCGUGGAUAUGAUGAUCGUGGAACUGCGGCGGCUGCGGCGGCCGCAGCAGCAGCAGCCGCCACUGCUGCCGUAGAGGGAAGCGCUGGCGCAUCUUCCCAUGCAAGCCCCGGCGGCGAAGGCAGUACGCCUUCCAAGGUAAACCGGCUACGAAAAGCCUGCGAUGCAUGCAGCCUACGAAAAGUCAAAUGCGACGAGAGCGGCCCGCCAUGCCGCGCAUGCGCUUCGCUCGAUAUACCAUGUACAUUCAACCGGCCAAGCCGGCGCCGGGGCCCUCCAAACCGACACGCCGAAGCGCUCAAGCGGCGACGUUUGGACGGGCUGCAUUCUCCUAGUCAUGUCACUGUCCCUGGUCCUAGCCCUGGCACUGGCCCUGGUCGAGGCGCCGGUCUUGGUCCUGGUCCUGAUGCCGAUCCUACUGCUACUUUACAAUCACCACCAAUUGGGCUCGGGAAUAAUACUACUGCUACCACCACAAAUACAACUACCAAUACCACCACGAAUACUUCUUCUGAUCCUUCCUCUCCCACAUACGCCGCACAAACACUCGCCUCUCUAUCAACACCCCAUCAACCCCUCUCUGCCGAAGCCAUAUGCUCGAUAUCCACCCUGCGACUACUCAUCGACGACUACUUUAUAUACAUGCAUCCUCUUGUGCCCAUCCCGCACGAGCCUUCGUUCCGCGCUGCCUUUGAACGGCGCGAAGACCGGACGAACCCGACGUUUCUCUCCCUCUUGGCAUCAAUGAUUGCAUGCCUGGUUGCGUCGUUUCCGCGCAAACCGCGACAGCGACUGACCACGAAGCGCGAGCGCUGGCUGUACCCCACCUCCGCCAGCCUGGUGAACCAGUGUCGGAAAAUCGCCCUCGAGGCGCGCGGGCCGGGCUAUCUCGACCGCGACCUCAGCGUGUAUGAUUGCGCGGUGAGCUAUUUCCUGGGCUUGUCCGGCGCGUAUAUGCUUAACAUUCGACAAUGCUAUGUCUAUUUUGAAGAAUGCGCGGCGAUAUUGAAGACUUCGUCGAAUUUUAUGAUUCCCACGCCAGGCGCAAGUGCGCCGGAUAGCUUGUUGUCUGAUUUUGCAAUGGCAACACUAUCAUCGUCUUCGCGGCCUGCCGGUGCGUCAACCAGCAGUCCGACGACAACGACGACGCCGGCGACGGCGACGCAGCACACUAGCACGGCUGCCGGGGCGGACUCACGCGCCGAGGUCAAUUAUGAUAAGAAUAACAACAAUACUAAUAUUAAUAAUGAUGAUUCAUAUUACGAUGGAUUCCGCGCCAAUCACGCAGAUUACAUUGUGCAGGAGCUCGGCCGACGACUGUUUUGGUUGAUGUUUGUCGGACUCAAAACGCUCCGCCAACUCGGCCUCUUCUUCAACGAACAGAUCCUGCACCCUCCCACGCCGACAACGCCGUACCCGCCUCUGCCCGUCGAAGUCGACGACGCGUUCAUUUUCCCAGACCGCAUCGAGCACCAGCACCAGAACCAGAACCAGCAACAACCUGCGGGGUCAGGGUCAGGGACCAUCUCCGAGCUCGUCGGGUUCAAUUACAACGUCAAAGUAUACCUGUCGGACAACCAGCUCAGCACGUUUGAGAAUGCGUACGGCGUCGGCGAGUUCUUCGACUGGAGCCGCCAGCAGGCGCUGUUCCACCAGUGCUUGCGCAAUGUGAAGAGAGUCUUGGACAGCGUGCCGCCGGAGUUGAUGCUCAGACCGGGCAAGAGGCCUGGCGAGUUUGAGAAGUACGGUCCUUCUCAUCAUCAUCCUCCUUCCCAUUAUACACAUCCUCAUCCUCAUCCUACUCAUCCUUCUCAUUCUCAUCCCCAUCAUCAUCCGGCUCCGCCUUCUCAUCAUCCGACUCCGCCUCCGGCUCCGCCUACUUUUUCUUCUUCUUUUUCGGCGGCUGGACAAUAUUAUUCUCCCUCUGGAGGAGGAGCAGGAGGAGGAACGCCUGAGCGGCGGGUAUACGAGAACGGAGGAGGAAGACCAGGACCAGGACUAGGCCCACGACCAAGUGCAGAUAUGCACCCUUGGGCAACAGCAACAGCUACGGCAAUGACUACGUCCGAGAAUAGAGAUAUCCAGUAUGAAGUACAAAAGGCAAACAUCUAUAUUAGUUGGCUGAGCAUCCGAUCAUACGUUGUCGAAAAGUACUUUUCCGUAAGCGAUGUGCAGGGCGGCGGAAAUACAACAAGGUCAGAUACAGCGCCAUCGACGACAUCAGCCACACCAACGUCUGCGCCAGAAGAUGCCCCCCACUCAAGUCCCUAUCAUCGUCCGGGGAGAGUCGGUGCUGCUACUGCCGCUGCUGCUGCCUCUUCUCCGCCGGGCGACUUCGAUCUGGUGAGGCAGGAAAUGGCAGCCGAGCGGGAGACCAUCAUCAAGGAUCUCUUGCUUGUCAUCAGGAGUAUAAGUCAAGUCAACAUGGAGCCGAAUAAUGGAAGCUUGAUUAAUAAAAUUAGACAAGUGGCUUCGACGCUCCUGAAUGCGCCGCGGACGCGCAAGGGAAAGUUGGCGCUCAAAGUCGAGCAGGAUCUCAAGGCGAUUCUUGAUCUCCUAGUGAAUCUUGAGCGUCUCCAGCCGCCCACCAACAAUGCACCCGUAGGGGAUGCCGAAGAGAAUGAGCUGCGGCAUUGGGCGAGUUUGCGGGAAUACCAGACUCGGUUUUCAGAUAUUGGCUUUUACAGCUUAUGAUUUUGUGCCGCGGUGUCACGGUUCGGUUUUGGAUGAGCCUAAUUCUUUGAAGGGUAUC